UUAAGCCCAGAGCUGUUACUGUAGGCGCUGGGGGAUCCCAGCUCUUCCUGUGUGAACCUGAAACCCCUACUGUGGGUGCCUCUCUCACCACAACACCACUUCACCUGUCGUCCAUCCUGCGUGUCUUUCAUUCAGCUGGAGGCCCCAGUGGAACCUCCUUCUCUGUGUGGGACUACAUUGGUGUCUGGACGUCCAAACAGGGCACAGAAGAGGGGCCUGGAUUCACUUUAAGGGCUGAGGCGGAAGGAGAGGGAAACUUCUUUCCCUCUCUUUUUUGAUUGAUUUGUUUGGGGCCCGGUGUUUUGUGUCCAUGUGUGGGCAGGACACAAGAAGUCACAUUUUUGUUUGAGGUGUAGAAUAUGGAGAAACUGAACUAAAGAUGGGGUUGGUAGCAUCAUUCUUUGGCCAGUUGUGUGGAAAAGAGAAAAAGCCAGAGGAGGAGAGACACUUACGAGCUAAUGACAGGUCCUUCAACCUGACUUACCAAUACGCUAACAAUGCCAUCAAGACGUCCAAAUAUAACAUUUUGACCUUCCUGCCUCGUAACCUCUUUGAGCAGUUCCAGAGGCUCGCCAAUGCCUACUUCCUCUUCCUCAUGAUCCUGCAGGUAAUCCCACAAGUCUCCUCGCUCUCCUGGUUCACCACAGCUGUCCCUCUGAUGUUUGUGCUGUCUAUAACGGCAGUCAAGGACGCCAACGAUGACAUAAACAGACACAAAAGCGACAAUCAAGUGAAUAACCGCAUCGUGAACGUCCUCGUCGAUGGAAAACUGAAAAAUGAAAAAUGGAUGAAUGUCCAGGUUGGAGACAUAAUCAAACUGGAGAAUAAUCAGUUUGUCACAGCGGACCUUCUGCUGCUGUCCAGCAGUGAGCCUCUCAAUCUGGUCUACGUUGAAACAGCUGAAUUAGAUGGUGAAACCAACCUGAAGGUGAAACAGGCCCUGACUGUAACCGGAGAGAUGGGAGACAACAUCGAUGCGCUGGCUGGCUUCAAUGGUGAAGUGCGAUGUGAGCCUCCCAACAACCGUCUAGACAAAUUCACCGGCACCCUGUCCCUGAACGGGCAGACCGCCGCUUUGGACAAUGACAAGGUGCUGCUCAGAGGAUGUACUCUGAGGAACACCGAGUGGUGCUUCGGCCUCGUCAUCUUCGGAGGUCCUGACACCAAACUGAUGCAGAACAGUGGAAAGACAACAUUCAAACGGACGAGCAUUGACCACCUGAUGAAUGUCCUGGUGUUGUGUAUCUUUGGUUUCCUGGCGUCGAUGUGCACCUUUCUGGCCAUCGGCAAUGCAAUCUGGGAAUCGAGGGAGGGAUCAAUGUUUGUAGCCUUCCUCCCACUUGAAAAAGGGGUGGAUUCCAGUCUGUCAUCCUUCCUCUCCUUCUGGUCCUACAUCAUUGUCCUCAACACAUUGGUGCCCAUAUCUCUUUACGUCAGUGUGGAGAUCAUCCGGCUGGGUAACAGCUUCUUCAUAGACUGGGACAGGAAGAUGUAUUACCCCAAAAGUGACACUCCUGCCCAGGCGAGGACUACCACGCUUAACGAGGAGCUGGGCCAGAUCAAAUACAUCUUCAGUGACAAGACUGGUACCCUGACUCAGAACAUUAUGACUUUCAACAAGUGUUCCAUCAGUGGGAAAGCUUACGGAGAGCUGUUCGAUUUUACCGGACAUAGGGUGGAAAUAACAGAGAAGACCGAGAAAGUGGACUUCUCAUGGAACCAGCUGGCUGAUCCAAAGUUUGUCUUUCACGACCACAGGCUAUUGGAGACUGUGAAAGAGGGAAACCCAGAUGCUCAAGCCUUCUUCCGCUUGUUGGCUCUGUGCCACACUGUCAUGCCUGAUGAAAAGAAAGAGGGGGAGCUCUACUAUCAAGCUCAGUCUCCCGAUGAGGGCGCUCUGGUUACCGCAGCAAGAAACUUCGGGUUUGUGUUCCGCUCACGCACACCAGAGAGCAUCACAGUCGUAGAGAUGGGAAAACAAGUCAUCUAUGAACUUCUGGCUGUUCUUGACUUCAAUAAUGUGCGCAAGAGAAUGUCAGUAAUAGUGCGCAGCCCCGAAGGCAAGCUGACUCUAUUUUGCAAAGGAGCAGACACCAUCAUCUUUGAAAGACUGCACCCGUCCUGUAAGAAACUAGUGGAAGUUACCAACACACACCUCAGCGACUAUGCAGGCGAAGGCCUCCGUACGCUCGCUCUGGCCUACAAGGACUUGGACGAGAGUUUUAUGGAUGAGUGGAAACAGCGCCACCAUGAGGCCAGCACAGCCCUAGUGGAACGAGAGGAGAAACUAGAUGAACUUUAUGAAGAGAUAGAGAAAGACCUGCUGCUGCUAGGAGCGACAGCUGUGGAGGACAAGCUGCAGGAUGGCGUGCCACAGACCAUCGAGCAACUGGCUAAAGCCGACAUCAAAAUCUGGGUGUUGACAGGGGAUAAACAGGAGACAGCCGAGAACAUCGGCUAUUCCUGCAACAUGCUGCGAGAGGAGAUGAAAGAGAUUUUCAUUGUGGCGGCCAAUACGGCUGAAGGAGUCAAAGAGGAGCUACAGAACGCAAGACGGAAAAUGUCUUCAAGCUCUGCAGACAAGCCAUCUGUGAUAAAAGCCCGUGCAGGCCUGUUUUGGCUUCAGAAGACAGAGACUGUGCAGGAUGAGGAGGUGGAUGGAGAAUAUGGCCUAGUUAUAAAUGGACACAGUCUGGCCUUUGCACUGGAGAAGGACUUGCAGCUGGAGCUGCUGAGGACAGCGUGUAUGUGUCAGACUGUGAUUUGCUGCAGGGUCACCCCUCUGCAGAAGGCCCAGGUGGUUCAGCUGGUUAAGAAAUACAAGCAGGCUGUCACACUGGCCAUUGGGGAUGGGGCCAACGAUGUCAGCAUGAUCAAGGCUGCUCAUAUCGGUGUCGGCAUCAGCGGUCAGGAAGGCAUGCAGGCAGUUCUCUCCAGCGACUUCUCUUUCGCCCAGUUCCGUUACCUUCAGCGCCUCCUGCUGGUGCACGGUCGCUGGUCCUACCUUCGCAUGUGCAAGUUCCUGCAGUAUUUCUUUUACAAGAACUUCACCUUCACCUUCGUGCAUUUCUGGUAUGCCUUCUUCUGCGGCUUCUCUGCACAGACUGUGUAUGACGAGUGGUUCAUCACCUUGUACAACCUGAUGUACACAGCUCUUCCUGUCCUCGGCCUGAGCAUCUUUGACCAGGAUGUGAAUGACCGCUGGAGUUUCCAGUAUCCUCAGCUGUACACUCCAGGCCAGUUGAACCAGUACUUCAGUAAGAAAGCCUUUGUGCGCUGUAUGAUGAAGAGCUGCUACAGCUCCCUCAUCCUCUUCUUCAUCCCAUGGGCCGCCAUGCAUGACACGGUCCGAGAUGACGGCAAAGACAUCGCCGACUACCAGUCCUUUGCUUUACUGGCACAGACCUGUUUGCUGAUUGUGAUGAGCAUACAGCUGAGUCUGGACACCCAUUAUUGGACAGCAGUGAACCAGUUUUUCGUAUGGGGCAGCCUGGCCGGUUAUUUUGCCAUCACAUUCACAAUGUACAGCAACGGCAUGUUUCUCAUCUUCACCUCUGCGUUCCCCUUCAUCGGUACCGCAAGAAACUCUCUAAACCAGCCUAACGUGUGGCUGACCAUCUUCCUGACUUCCCUCCUCUGCAUUCUUCCUGUGGUGGCUUUCCGCUUCAUUCUCAUUCAGCUUCGGCCAACCAUUAACGACAAGGUUAGACAUAAGAUGCGGAAGGAGGCGCUGCCAGCUCCUACAAAACCCGUACGUGUCAAGCGUAUCAGCACCCGUCGGUCUGGCUAUGCCUUCUCACACAGCCAGGGUUACGGUGAUCUUGUGACAUCUCGGAAGUUCCUGCUGAAAAUCCCAGUUAGGACUCGACCGGCCCUGUUCACCGAAACAGACUCUCCUCUGGCUCAGAAUCAGCCACAGCACUACCGCACCAUCACAGAGGAGCCGGAGGGCUCACAGAGCCCGUAGACAGGAGGUCGUGUGGGAGCAGCAGGUUUUUAUUAAGUGGAUGCACAGGGUAAAAGUUCACUAUCUGGAUUGUUUCCAGGUCAAACUUGAGUCUGAUUCAGUGUUUUUUUAUAAUGGAUGAAUGUUGAUAUCACUGUGAAAGUGUUUAAUUUGGCAGCACAAAGAACCUAUUAAAUAACCUGAACUGGUGUUUUUGUAUAUUUCAGUUAUAUUAGUCUACAUUACUGCUGACCAUUUUCUAAAAUGUAUUAGAAGUUUUUAGAUAGAUAUUGGUUUCAACUCAUUUCAAUUCACAUUAUUUCACACAUGCAAACCUGUUUUAGUGUUUGACCUCUGAGUCCCUAUAUGUAAUGUCUUUAUGUCUUUUUUAUGUCAUAACACUUGCAUACAAUGACAUUAUUAUCAUGCCAUUCCAAGAUGACCAGAAUAACCACAAACAGUUUGUACUCACUGGACUAAAACGUGCAAAACCAGAAACUGCAAUGAGAUUAACUUUGUGUCAUGCAUACCAAAUUUGUUUUAGAAAGUUGUACUCUUUUUUUCUUUGUUUUUUUGUUAUUUUGUCAAGACGGGACAAUAUUCGUGGUGUCAUUAUGAGAAAAGAUAAAACUGUGAUUUCAGUUUCUGUGAAAUCUACAAUGAACCUAUUUUCACUCUGUUGUUUACAUGAUGAUUUACAUGAAGAUUUUUUAUUGUUAUUGUCCUGCUCUGUGUUAAUCUGAAGGCUCAUUUUUGAAGAGAUGUAUAACUUGUUCAGUCGGUACCACUUAGUUAUUGUAUUUAAGUACAGUAAAAAAAAGAGAAGUUCAAUAAUGGUUUAAGUGUCAUACUACGGAUAGUGCAAAGACCAUCAGGAAGCACCUAUUAUGCAUAAAAUCCCUUUUUUCAGUCUUACCACAUAUUUUGCCAUUGUGUCUUUCUUUUUUUUUAUGUCAGGCUCCUCAGACUCACAACUGAUGAUAUUUUUGUUGGUUCAGUUUUGAUUGUUCAAGUUUACAUGAGAGAUCAUUUGUGAAUAAAACAAAUCACUCGA